AUGCCUGGCAAGAAAGACCCCAAGAAGGACGCUAAGAAGGGUGGAAAACCUGAACCAGAGAAAAAGAAAGAGGAGGAAAAGAAAGGGAAGGAUGACAAAAAGGGAGGAAAAGAUGACAAGAAAGGUGGAAAGGAUGAUAAGAAAAGUGGAAAAGAUGAUAAGAAAGGGGGAAAGGAUGAUAAGAAAGGAGGGAAGAAAGGAAAAGAGGAGCCACCCAAGGGGAAAGAUGACGGGAAGAAGGGAAAAGACAAAGGAAAAGGUAAGAAAGUGGAGUCAGAGGAGGAAGAAGAGGAGCUUCUGAGUGAUGAGGAGGAUGAAGAGUUAAGUGAAGAAGAAGAUGAUGAGGAAGACUCAGAGGAUGACAGGAGAGGGAAGCGACGAGGAGGCAAAGGUGAUAAGGGAAAGAAAGGGGGGAAGUCUAGACGUGGGGAAGACUCGGAGGAGGAUGAGGAGGAUGAAGAAGAAGAAGAAGAUGAGGAGGAUGAGGACGAAGAGGAUUACGGCAAAUCCAAAAAGAAAUCUAAAGAUGACCGCCACCAUAAAGGAGGGAAAUCUGAUGCUGAUGCAAAGAAGAAGAAAGGCAAAAAGAAAGAAGAAGCACCACCGCUUCCGAUAAAGGAAAUCCCAAGGAAAGGUCUGAAGAACAUGUCCAGGAUGUUCAUGAAGUUUUCUGGUUUCAAGAGGCGCAGGAACAGCAGAAAGAAACUGAAAAGUACAUCACGUUUGUUCCUGGGAUUGGGAAAGAGAAGGAGCCGACUCGCUAAGAAGAAACGCCGUAAGUCAAUGCUGAAGAACACCUCUCGAUUCAUGAUGAGAUUUAAGGCCAGCAAAAAGAGGAAAAAGGAGAAAGAGGCCAGAGAAAAAGCGGCAAAUGGUGGGAAGAAGCCAACCUUUCUGCUGCUUCGCCUGGGGGGAGGGAAAGAAUCAAAUGAGAAGAAGGGGGGCUUUUUCAAAGGCUUAUUUGGAAAAAAAGAUGGUGACGGGGAUGCCGAUGGCUUCAAGAACAGAAGUGUGUUGCUGGGUAAGGUUGCAGCAGCAACUAACUGGCUCACCAAACGCUUCCUGUCAACUAAAAUGCGAGGAAAUUCAGGACACCGUGGCUGGGGGGGGCGUAGAGCACACAGCCGACAAGCCAGCUCCAGAGGUUAUCUCCGUGGUUACCAUAACAAUGGUUAUGAGCAUGGGGAGGAGGCUUACGGAUACGACCAGCGACAUUCAAUUCGACAGAAAGGUUAUGGAGACUAUGGCAAUGGUUAUGGUGACCAGGGUCAGUUUGCUUACUAUGACAAUGGAGCAGGGGGAGCAGACUAUCAAGACCUGGGUUACUAUGAAGAAGAAGGACUUUAUGAUCCAAAUGCAGAAUAUUAUGAAGGUGGUCUUUAUGAUGAGGGCAUGGGGGACUACUAUAACCAUUAUUCUGCUCAGGGCUACUAUAAUAACCAGGAAGCUGAUUAUUAUGGUUACCAGCAACAACAGGCAGUGGCAAUGUAUGGUGAUGAGGCUCUGGAUUAUUAUGCAUUAAUGGGUGAGGACCCUAUCUAUGGAGGCGCGGUAGAUGGAUUCCUUGACCCUCAGGUUCAGGGUUAUUAUGAUGAAAAUGAUCAAGGGGUUUACUAUGGUGAUGGACAAGUGGGUUACUAUGACAACGGACAGGGAGGUUAUUAUGAGAACCCUUAUGCAGCGACUAUGGGAAUGCAAGGGGAAUUUCAACCAGACUAUCAACUUAGCUAUAGUGAUGCUGGAAUGCCCUACCAAGACUACAGCUCCCAGCAGGCCAUUGGAUUCCCACCAGGAAGCCAUCAGGUUAUUGGCUUUGGAGGGCAGGGGAUGGAUCAGGUACAGGGUCUGUAUGGUGAUCAGUUUGCAGACCAGUUGGAUCAAUAUGGGAAUGAUACCGGUGGACUUCAGAGAGGGGAGAUGACUUUCAGAGUUCCUAGACCUCAAGUGCGCCUGUUUGGGAAAGAACGUCUGGAUGUCCCCCUGCCCCCUCCACCUACUUUGCCACCUGAUCCAGAAUUUGAAGACAUGUCAGAAAUCCAGUAUGAAGACCAGAUUCCUCUUGCGCCAGGUCAACCUGGUAACAUGAUGUCAUUACAGCCGCAAAUGGCAAUGUCACCACAAGAGCAAAUGAUGAUGUCACCUCAAGAACAAAUGAUGAUGGCCCCGCAUAUGACAUCACCACAGCAACAGAUGAUGAUACAACAAGAGCAGCAUAUGUCCCCCCAAAUGAUGCCGUCACAGAUGAUGUCACCACAGCAACAGAUGAUGAUACAACAAGAGCAGCAUAUGUCCCCCCAAAUGAUGCCAUCACAGAUGAUAUCACCACAGCAGCAAAUGAUGUUACCACAGCAACAGAUGAUGUCCCAGCAAAUGAUGUCACCACAAGAACAGAUGAUGUCACAACAAAUGAUGCUGCCACAGCAACAGAUGAUGACUCCACAAAUGAUCUCACCACAGCAGCAGAUAAUGACAGAUCCUAUGAUGAUGCCACAGCAACAGGGUUAUGGCCCACCCUCUAUCCCCACUCCAACUGCCAUGAUUAUUAAGCAAGCAAGUAUGUCCCCCCUACCUGCGCGCCGUCUGCAGCCCUCUCCGACUCCUUCUCGCCGCUCUGUCAUCAUGCCCUUCCCACAUAUGCAACGCCAUCCCUCUGCCAGGGCUUCCCCAGUACCUUCUCCUAUGCUUCCACAGAGACGAAGCCCCUCGCCACAACCAUCCAUGAGGAGUGGAUUCAUUAGUGCCCAAAGACCCCCCUCUGUUAUGUCAAGGCAGAUUUCACCUCCUUCCUCCCCCAUGGCAUCCCCCCUCACCCGUCAUAGAAUGCAACCUCGUAGGUCUCCAUCUCCUCUAGCCCGUGGACCCUCACCCCCUCACUCUCCUCGUGCUUCAAUGAUACGGCGAAGUCCUCCACCAUCACCAAGAGCAUCAAUAAGGCAACGUUCUCCACCUUCCUCUCCCCGUGCUUCCAUGAGGAGGCAAAGUCCACCACCAUCGCCCACUCUCGCUCGCAGCCCGUUUGGAGGGAGAAGGAUGCGACCCUCCCCUCCCAUCUCCCCUGGUUAUGCAUCUCCCUCUCUUUCUCCACAGCUCAGCAGAAGACCAUCUCCCUCUCCCUCUCCAUCUCGUCGCAGUUUAUCCCCUGCAGGGCCCCGUCCUGCCCCAUCAUCUCCAACUCUGUCUCGUCGCUCAACUCGGCUGCUCAGGGAUCCUACCCCAUUGGCCAGGCCCAGGAUGGGGGGAAAUGUUCCUUUAGGUACUGUCAGACCCUCCCCUAUGGGUCUCCGAGGACGUCCAGUGCCUCCUCCCACCCAGAAUGUGCGUCCGUUCCGUGCCGCCUCCAUAAGAAGCAAUAGGUCUUCUGUUCUCACAGUGGACUCCUCCCUCCACUCUUCGCCUUUCCACUCCCCUCACAUGGUCCACCGUGCUCCCCUGGGGAGGAGAGAAUCUGGUCGAUUUCCUCCUCGCCCCAUAGCUCGAGGUCGUCCCCUCAUGGCUCAGCGAUCUAUGAGAAGGAUGCCUCCUGCUUCUCCACAGCCCUCCCUUAAGCACAUGCCACAUCCUGCAUCCCCACGCCUCUCUCCUCGACUCUCUCGUCAGCCCUCCCCCCUCCUCCCCCCUCGAGCUGCCCAUGCACCCACUUAUACUCCAGAGACGUAUGUGUCUGGCCCCGGUGCUGAUCCUUAUACUGAGCAGUUUGUUCCUAUGGCCCCUUCAUCUUCCAUGCUGUCUGGGGCUUUGCAGAAUCAAGCUAUACGAGAUGCGUCCUAUGUUUCUUCUUUACAAAGGCCACUGUCACCUUAUGAUCAGCCCAUGCCCCCGUCUUCCCCAGUGCUGUCUGGAGCGCUGCAAAAUCAGGCAGUGAGAGAAGCGUCCUAUGUGUCUCCUCUUCAAAGGCCUCAGUCCCCAUAUACUCCAUCUGUACCUUCAUCUCCAAUGCUGUCUGGAGCCAUGAGACAUGGUCAGGCACUAAGAGGUGUGGCCUCUUAUCAGACUCCACAGCUCCGUUCGCCAUAUGGACCAACUGUUGUUACCCCAUACGAUUAUAUCUCUGAGCCUGGCCCAGCACCACUGCUCCAUGAUGCUCUGCAGAACCGAUCCGAUUUGCAGAAUGUCUCAUCUUUAAGAUCACCCAUGAUGCAACGCCGUAAUCCUUAUAUGCCAGCUGGACCUCAGCUCCACAAUGCAUUACAACAGAACCCAAACCUCCGCCAAGCAUCUUAUCAGACACCAGUUCAACUCAGACGGUCUCCAUACGGGCCCCCACCACCCUCUUCACCAAUGUUAGGAAGUGCCUUGCAAAACCCGCAGCUGAUGCAGGCAUCGUACCGGCUGCCUGAUGGAACCUUAGUGUCACCAUAUGCAAGUUCACGUUCCUCCCCUUUGCUCGGUCGUGCCUUGCAAAACCAACAAGUCCGUGGAGCCUCAUACACCUUGGCUGAUGGAUCACUUAUCAGAGACCCUCGUGUGCCCAUGUCUCCUAGCCUUUCCAGAGCUCUUCAGAACCAGGGUCUCAAGACUGCUUCAUAUACUCUCCCUGAUGGCACCAUUAUAGACCCUAGACAGCAACAACCCAUUUCCCCAAACCUGGCUAAGGCCCUGACCAACCCAGCUCUGCGUGAAGCCUCCUACUCGCUCCCCGAUGGUACCAUUGUGAUUGACUCCAAGAAACAGAAGUCCCCAAACCUAACAGCAGCACUUCAGAAUCCUUACCUGAAAAGUGCAUCGUACACCCUGCCAGAUGGCACUAUCAUCAUUGAUCCACGGAAACCUGUCUCUCCAAACCUGUCCAGUGCCCUUCAAAACUCUUCCCUGCGGAACGCCUCCUUCACACUACCGGAUGGGGUUCACGACCCCAAUAUACCUAUAUCACCAAACUUGGCAAAGGCCCUCAAUAACCCAGCCUUGAAAGGAGCCUCAUACACCCUCCCAGAUGGAACUAUUAUAGUGGACCCAAGGAAACCAAAGAGCCCCACACUGACAGCCGCCCUGCAGAACCCAUAUCUAAAGGGGGUGUCGUACACCCUGCCUGAUGGAACCAUCAUCAUUGACCCACGGAAGCCAGUUUCCCCCAACCUGUCUGCAGCUCUUUUGAAUGAGAACCUUCGUAACGCAUCAUACCAGCUCCCUGAUGGUUCCCUGAUUAUCCCUGGCCAGAAGCCCUCCUCUCCUAACCUCGCAGCUGCUCUGAGGCAAAACCAGGCACUUCGUUCAGCAGGUCUCUAUCAUCUGUCAGAAAACUCAGUACUGUCAGGUGCGCCCAAACCCACCUCUCCCAGCCUCGGCUCUGCGCUGCGGAAUGAGGAACUUCGUGGUAUCACUUACAGGCUGCCGGAUGGCUCUCUUCUCACACGUCGGUUCCACAACCCCAGCCUGUCUGACGCUAUCCAAAACGAGCAGCUUCGCUAUGCAUCAUACAGGGUGCCAACGGGCCUGCAGGGUGAGGAUAAUCGCUAUGCUGUGGUUCCUCCCUACGGGCCACGCACAGGCCACUGGGCCAGGAAUGUCCGAGAAGGAGGGGAAGGAGGGGAGGAUGUUUGGGCAGCUGAGAGGGUUUUACCACAUGGAACGGUCCAGAACCUGUCAAAGUGGUCCAUGUACAGAGAAGACGGUGUGUUAGGAGGAUACUCACCCAUACCUCGAUUUGUGGACGGACAGCCUCAGCACCCAGACUGGACUCCUGACAGAGAUAGAGCACCUGGUCAAAGCUGGUAUGACAAGAUCUUCUCUAUCCUAAGCAUGCCCACAACAGGCCACAGGGUGAAACGCUGGGCGGAGGGAAUGGAGGACAUGACACAGCUGCCUGAGCUGAAUGAGACCACGGUUCUGAUGAACCUGAAGAAGCGCUACGACCAGGAGUUCUUCUAUACCUACAUAGGCAGCAUCCUUGUGUCUAUGAAUCCCUACAAGUUGCUCAACAUUUACGGCACAGACAUGGUGCUUCAGUAUGAAGGCCGCAGCCUGAGUGACAACCCUCCUCAUCUUUUUGCCAUUGCUAAUCUCUCAUAUACCACCAUGAUGGAUGCCAAAAAGGACCAGUGUAUUGUGAUCAGUGGAGAAAGUGGGUCCGGGAAGACUGAAGCUACUAAACUGAUCCUGCGUUACCUGACAGCCAUACAUCACAAACGCAACGUCACACAACAGAUAGAGAUCCUUGAGGCCACGCCCCUGCUGGAGUCUUUUGGGAACGCCAAAACGGUGCGCAACGACAACUCGUCACGCUUUGGCAAAUACACGCAGAUCUUCAUGGAGGAGGGUGUAAUCAGCGGUGCCAUAACGUCUCAGUACCUGUUGGAGAAGUCCCGCAUUGUCUUUCAGGCCAAAUCAGAGAGGAACUACCACAUCUUCUACGAGAUGUUGGCUGGUCUUCCUCCUCAUGAGAAGCGCUCACUGUAUCUGCAGGAAGCUGAGACUUACUACUAUCUGAAUCAGGGUGGGGACUGUACCAUAGAGGGGAAGGAUGACGGGGAGGACUUCAGGCGUCUGCUGAGUGCCAUGGACAUCCUGUGUUUCACCCCCGAGGAGCAAAACAGCAUCUACAGAUUGCUGUCCUCUGUCCUUCAUCUGGGGAAUGUCUACUUCCAGCCACACCAGGCUGAGGGUCAGGAGGUUGCAUCAGUAGUGAGUGCACAGGAGAUCAGGGUUGUCGCUGAGCUGCUGCAGGUCUCACCUGACGGCCUGCAGAAGUCUGUCACCUUCAAACUGACAGAUACAGUACGGGAGAAGAUCUACACUCCGCUCACAGUGGAGAGUGCUGUGGAUGCCAGAGAUGCUGUUGCCAAGAUCCUGUAUUCGCUGCUGUUUAGCUGGCUGACGGAGCGCAUCAACGGACGGGUCUACCCUCGCAACGAAGCCCUCUCCGUCUCCAUAUUGGACAUAUAUGGAUUUGAGGAGCUACAGGUGAACAGUUUCGAGCAGUUGUGCAUCAACUACGCCAAUGAAACUUUGCAGUUCUACUUUAACAGGGUCAUCUUCCAGGAGGAGCAGGAUGAGUACAUGCGGGAGCAGAUCGAGUGGCAGCAGCAGCCUUUCAGCCACAACCAGGCCUGUCUUGACCUCAUUGCCGCUAAGCCUCAUGGGAUACUGCGCAUACUGGACGACCAGUGCGGUUUCCCUCAGGCAACAGACCACACCUUCCUCCAGAAGUGCCACUAUCACCAUGGAAACAACCCUCUGUAUGCCAGGCCAAAGAUGCCGCUGCCAGAGUUCACCCUGAAACACUAUGCCGGGAAGGUCACUUAUCAGGUGUACAAAUUCUUGGAUAAGAACUUUGACAUGGUCCGCCAGGAUGUUUUAGACCUCUUCAUCCAGAGCAAGAACAGAAUGGUAUCCAGCCUCUUCUUGAAGCACUCAGAGUCUGCGUCUCAGCAGCGGUCUAACGUUCGACGCAGCAGCGCGGCGCGUCGUUACCAGGCCAACACGGUCAGCGCGAAGUUUCAGAACAGCCUGCAGGAGCUGCUGGAGAAGAUGGAAAGGUGUAACCCAUAUUUUGUGCGAUGCAUCAAGCCAAACCAUCAUAAGGAGCCGGGAGUGUUUGACGCUGAGCUGGUCAACACUCAGCUGUAUUACUCCGGUAUUAUGGAGACCAUCCAUAUCAGGAAGGAGGGUUAUCCAAUCAGAUUGCCCUUUCACAGCUUCCUAUCAAGGUAUAAAGCCCUGCUCUGCCUGAGGGAUCUUCCGCCUGCAGACGGAGAGAACUGUGUCAUCAUGCUCCACAAGCUCGGCCCGGUGAAAAAAGGCUCGUAUCAGCUGGGAGUCAGUAAGAUUUUCCUGCAAGAGGAGCUGUAUCAGCUGUUGGAGGGGAAGCGUGACCGUGUCCUGAACAUCGCCGCCAUGACGCUGCAGAGAUACACUCGCAUGUGUUUUGUCCGGAAGAACUUUGUCAAGUUCAGGCGCCGUGUGACCCUGUUUGAAGCUCGCUGCAGAGGCUACGUGGCCAGGAAAAAAUUUGCUCUGAGGAGGAAGUACCUCAUCAGGUUCCGCUCUGCCGUGCUACUCAUCGUCAACCGCCAGCGUUACAUGAGGGUAUGUGCGAAGUGUUCGCGUUUGUGUGAACAGGGAAACUUCUGGGUACAUUUACAGUGUUUGUCCCCUGUGAUACUGUUGUCUUUCUGUCAGACAGUGGUGGAGCCUGCAAGGAAGGCAGAGGAGGAUCGCAUCAACAGAGAAGUGGUCAACGUGACAACACUGCCUAUCCCUGCUGAGCUGGCAGCCCUGCUGCAGGCAGCGUCAGGUGGUGAAGAGCUGCAUUCUGACUGCUUGGCUGUGGUCCAGGCUCCAAAGGUGCAGGUUGACCCUCAGCUGACCCUGCCCCUGGAUAUCAACAACUACCUCAUGACACAUUACAUCCGGGCCAUAUUUAGGGAGCCAUUGUUUGGGAUGCUGACAGCCCCACUGGAGAGUUCUCUGAUUAGACUGGAUGAGGAGCUGAAACAAGGAGCCCUGAACGUUUUCAUUCUGAUACUCAGGUUCAUGGGUGAUCCUAACCUGAAUGGGGCCCAGGAGAAUCUGUUUGGGAACUACAUCAUCCAAAGAGGACUGGCCGAUCCCAGCCUCCGAGACGAGAUCCUGGUUCAAGUAGCAAAUCAGGUGUGGAGGAAUCCUAACAUUUUGAAUUCAGAACGUGGUUGGCUCCUCCUCUCAUCUUGUCUCUCUGCCUUCCUGCCGUCUCGAAGACUGGCCAAGUAUCUUCUGAAGUUUGUUUCUGACUAUGGGCCGGAGGGAUAUGACUGUGUGUGUCAGCACCGUCUGCUUCAGGCUCUGCAGCGGCUGAAUGUCGGGCCCGAGCACGUCCGGACGUACCCACCCUGUCUGCUGGAGUGGACCGCCAAUCGCAAGAGAGCUCACACUGUCCUGCACAUACACUGUUUCGAUGGUGUGUCCUUCCUGUGUCCUCUACACUCCUGGACAACUGGAGAAGAGAUGGCCAAAGACAUCUUGCAACACAGGGGUGUAGUGGAGGGCCGUCGAGGCUGGUCGGUGCUGCUGAAGGAGCCAGCUCAGUGGGUGGAGCUGGAGGGCUCAGACUACGUUCUGGACUUGAUGUCAGACCUGGAGCUUCCCUCUGACUUCCCCAAACACAGCAGCUACUUCAUCAUCUCUGCACAAGAACCAACCAGAGUGCGGCCCAAUGCCAGCAUCAGCCUGUUGGGUGGAGGGUUUGAAGUAAAUGACGAUGUCAUAUCUUCCACUGUACCUGGCUCUGAUGGACAAGACCUGGAGCCUCAGAGAGGGAUGGAUCGUUACCUCGACAGCCUGUUUGACCCUGUACUGUCUGAUGUAACUGGAGAAGGAGACUCAGCUGCAGAACUUUCCAGCCGGAUGAAGGGGGCCGGAGGAGUUGGAGGAGGCUGGCAACAGCAGGGGCAGUCCACUGGGCCCCCACCUCCACCUGGAGCUGUGAGAGUCCUUCCUGUGGGAGGUGUGAUGUCGCCUCCUGUUGCUGCUGUGGCACCUGUAACACCUGAUGCACAGCAGGCUGUUUUGGCUCAGCAGCAGCAGGCGAUCGUGAACCAGCAGGCCAUCAUCAUGGCCCAGCAGAUGACCAUGCAGGCCAUGGCCAUGGUCAGCAGCCCGGUGUCAAGCCCUCCCACUUCCCCGGUCACAAGCCCUCCCAUGAGUCCUCUGCUCCACCAUCCUCCCAGCCCCUACGCCCCCGCCAGCCCUUAUGCUGUCAUACCUCCAAGUCCAUAUGCUAACAUCCCACCCAGCCCUUAUGCUAACUUCACUCCCACUCCAUACGCUGCAGCAGACAUCCCGCCAAGCCCCUAUCCUCCCACUGCUCAUCAGGAACAAACUCUGUCACAGCCCCAACCUAAAGCUAACCCUGCUGCACAGGUUCAGUCAGGUAAGGACAGUGUCCCACGCAGGAAGGCUCCAGGCAUCCCCAUAGACAAGGACAAACCAGCCAGGAAGUUUGCCCCAGUGGUGACAUCACCUCUGCCCCCUGCUGGAGAGGUGGUGAAGUACUCGGCUCGGACUUCAGAUCACAUUGUCCCCAGCCAAGAUAUCCAGGAAAUCAUCAGAAGGUACAACUCACCACCUCCACCACCAGACCCGCUGCCACCUGGCAAGAGGAGAUCAGAUGGGAAGUUUAAGAUGAAGCAAACCCCUCGUGAUGAAGCCUUACUGAUCCUCAAACCACAGAUGGACAACCCUCCUGCUCCACAGCCCAAACGUCCUGCUGCCCCUUCACCUUCUGCAUCUGCAAUGAAAGAGGUGGGAGUAAAACCCACCAAGAGUUCGAAGGCAAGAGCACCUGAUCGUCCUCUCCCGAUACCUCCUCCAGUUUCUCGAGAGCUCCCGGUAGAGACAGAGACCAUCCAGACACAGCUUCAUCAGAGCACCAACGAAGAGCACUACACCUACACUAACGUUCCCUGGAGACUGUACCUCAGGAAGGAGGUUUUCUAUCCCAAAGACAGCUUCAACAAUCCUGUAGUGCUAGACCUCAUUUUCAAACAGAUAGUCAAUGACACUCUGUCAGAGGCGUGUGUUCGCAUCACCCGGGAUGAAAGGCAGAAAAUGAAAGCUCUUUUCGCUAAACACGGGGUUCAACAGAAUAUGGAUCCUGUGGAGGAGCACGUGAAGAAAACAGUUGUGACGGCAGCAAGGGAAACCUGGGAAAUAUACUUCUCCAGACUCUUCCCCGCCUCGGGUAGUGUAGGAACAGGCGUGCAGGUGCUGUCAGUGUCGCACAGUGGAAUUAAGCUGUUGAAGACCGUAAAAAGCAGCGCUGCAGCUCCAGACUACUUCAGAGUCCUACGACCAUACACCUAUGCCGACAUCUUGUUUGUAACCAUCCCCUCUGAGAACAUGCUGGAGUUCAACCUGACCAAUGAGAAGCUGAUCCUUUUCUCAGCCAAGGCACCACAAGUCAAACAUCUCAUAGAUACCUUCAUCAGUGAGAUCAAAAGGGACUCAGACUAUGUGAUUGCCGAGCGUAACUUUGUGACAGACGACCGCUCGAUGCUCAGUUUCCACAAAGGAGACAUCAUCAGGCUGCAGGUUAUGGACGGGCUGGAGAAAGGUUACAGCUACGGCUGUGUGGUGAGGAAGAAGGUGGUGUUUUUAGAGGAGCUGAAGCGAGACACUCAGGACUUUGGCUGGAAGUUUGGUUCUGUGUUCGGCCGCUCCGGUGCGUUCCCGGCAGAGUGCGUCCAUCCUGUUGCUCCUCCUGACUUCCUGUCGCUGCCACUGGAUCGUAAGGCGGAGCCACGAGGAGGAGCGGGACAGUUUGCUGUGUCAUCAGCCGUCGCUGUUGCGGUGGCGUCCACCAUGGCUGCACAUGAGAUAGAUCAAACGAUUGAGAAAGUUUCUCUUGAUGGCUUUACUGAUGGAGAUCUGGAUGAGCGGGCCCUGCAGGACAGUAAAUAUGACAUGCUGGAGUUUGCCAAGAAGUACUUCAGACAGGGACCCAGUGGGAAGGGAGAUUCCCUGAAGAGCAAAAGCAAGAACAGAGACUCCAGGGAGCCCACCGAAAUGAUCAAGUUCUCUAAGACCCCUCUGACUGAGUCUCUGAUAGAGUUCACUGAUCCAGCCAUGAACAGAGUGGCAGCUGACCUUUUCCUGUCGGUGAUGCGUUUCAUGGGUGAUUCGUCGCCAAGGGGACUGACAGAACAGGAAGUGGUCAGCACAUUCCUGAAGCUCAUAGGAGAGUUCACCUUGAUGAGGGAUGAGGCUUACUGCCAGCUUGUCAAACAGCUUACUGCUAACACCAGCUCCAAACCUGAUAGUUGCCAACGAGGCUGGAGGCUGUUGUACAUCCUGACUGCUUUCCAUCGCUGCUCUGAAGUCCUCAAACCUUUCCUACUGAAAUACCUGCAGCAGGCCUCUCGCAGUGCUGGGGCACAGUAUCAAGGCAUAGCUAAAGCAUGCGAGCAGAACCUGAAGAAGACGUUCCAGUAUGGUGGCCGCAUUGUUUCACCCAACAGCAUGGAGCUGAAGGCCAUGAUGGCUGGCCGAAGUUCAAAACGUCAGCUGUUUCUCUUUCCUGGAGGCAUCGAACGUCACGUGAAAAUCAAAACGUGCUCUGUUGCCCUGGAGGUGAUUGAGGAGCUGUGCUAUGAGAUGGGUUUACACAAACUGGAAGCCAUGGAAGAAUAUGCUGUAUUUUUAGUCACCAAUAGAGGUCAGAGUGUGCGUCCUCUGAACAAACAUGAGUACAUCCUGGAUGUUGCGACAGAGGCAGAGUUAGUCGACAACAGCUACAGCUUCUGGUUCAGACGAGUCGUCUGGACUCAGCCGCUCAAGUUUGAGAAUGAGCUCUGUGUCGCGAUGCAUUACAACCAGAUCCUUCCGGACUACCGUAAAGGCCUGCUAAAUGUUCUUCCACAUGGGAAAGUGAGCGAUCAACAGUUCCACCAGAUCUCCAAACUGGCAGCUUUGCAGCACAGGGCCAAAGACAUCAUCUUCAUCCCCAGCAUACAUGAAUUAUCGGAGUACAUCGCCACACCUCUGUUCAAAAAGCAGCCACCCCAGCAGUGGGUUACCAUGGUGACGCAGCAUAUGCAGCAAGUACAGACCCUGAAUCCGCACCAGGCCAGAGCACAGUUUCUGGGCCUGGUCAGUGCAUUCCCCAUGUUCGGCUCCUCGUUCUUCUACAUCCACAGCAGCAGCUCCACCACCUUCUACGCCCCCUGCAUUGUUGCUGUCAAUCAACAUGGUCUCCACUUCCUGCACAAAAAUACACACGAGCUGAUGGCAGUGGUCCCCCUGGUGGAAGUGCAGUCCAGCCGCACUCAGAGGCCCACUGCUGGAACCAGUUACCCGUAUGUAGACCUCACCUUGGGGGACAUGAACACACAACGGGUCAUUCAGCUGCAGCUGGAGCAGGGCCUGGAGUUGUGUCGAGUCAUCGCCAUGCAGGUGGAAAACAUGAUGUCGGUGCGGGAGAAGAGGCUCACCCUGCCACCCAGCGAAAUCACCAUGUUAUAA